ACGAUUCUUUGUUAUUGUUUACUUUAUGUACGAUCAAAAUAUUAUAAAGAUCACCCGCCCAUAGUAGAUUGAAUUGUAAAUGAGUUCUUUCCAAAUUUUGUUUAUGUUAAGAUAUAAUAAUAAAAAUAUAUAAAUAAAUAAAUAAUAAAGAUAAAUAAAUAAUAAAAAUAAUAUAAUAUUCAGGUAUAUUCAAGUAUUGUAAUUAAUAUCAAAUAAUUUGAAAAUAGAAUACCUCCACAUACAUACAUUUAUUUUAAAAAAUGUCCAAUCGUAAACCAUUAAACAUAUUUUCUGAAAAUAUUGCUGAGAAUUGGAAACAAUUUAAAAAUGAUUACGAUAAGUUUGAAGUUUUAUCCGGUCUAGCCCGAAAAAGUGAUAAAGCCCGAAUAUCAAAUUUUUUAAGUGAAAUUGGUGAAGAGGCUGCAAAUAUAUAUUUAGCGCUUCCUAUGACCAAAGCAGAAAGGAAUCAGUAUAUUUCAGUUAUAAAAGCCUUCGAUACAUUCUUUACCACAAAAAAUAAUCCUAUGCUGGCAAGAUUCGUAUUUGAAAACCGUAAUCAAUUAGAAGGAGAAUCCCUUAGUAGUUUUAUAUUGAAUAUUAAAGGACUUAUAAAAAUGUGUGAAUUUAGUGAAGCUGAUUUUGAUGAAAUGUUAAGCAAGAGAAUAAUUUUAGGAAUUGGAGAUAAACCACUGCAAGAAAAAUUAUUGAACAUGCGUAAUUUAACUAGCGAAGAAGUAAUUGAUCAGCUUAGAAUGAGAGAAGUUUCAAAUCAACAUUUAAGAGGUCUAACAGAUAUCAAGUUUCAAGCUAACAAAAAAUUGAUCAAUACUAAGGAAAAUUAUAUAAAUCAAAUAGAAUUGGGGAGUCAUCAGAUAAUGACAAUGAAAGAAAUAAAAGCAGAAAUGAUGGAUCGAUUAGGUUUGGAUCCAACAUAUACACAAUAUCCAAAAUCUAGAGAUCAUCUUUUACAAUAUGAACCUAAGCGCGAAGAUUUACCCCCAAGAUGUAUGAAUGACUCUUUUACAUCCGCCAUUAUUCCUCUUUCUCAAGAUAGUGUUUUAAGAGACUCAUAUAUAACUUCUACAGAAUCGAUACGUUUUGGGCGUUUGAUGGAAGAUAUGGACUUAUUUGCAGUUUGGGUAUGCCACAAACAUUUGUAUAUACCAAAACUAGAUCUCCACCAAGUUCAUUUGCCAUAUACUUUUGUUACAAUACUUGUUGAUGAAAUUAAGUUUACGAAUAUAAUUCCAAGUAUCCAUAAUGAUAUUAGAUUAUCUGGUCAUGUGUCUUGGGUUGGUACAAGUUCAAUGGAAAUUAUUGUGUGGCUUGAAACUGUUAAACCUGAUGGUUCAUUGCAAAAAAUUACGAAGUCUUUAUUUGUCAUGGGAGCUCGUAAUGCUAUUAAUACAAAAUCAGCUCCAGUAAACCCGUUAAAAGCUUCUAAUGCAUAUGAAGAAAGUCUGUUGGAAAAUGCAAAUGAAAGACAAAAACGACGCAAACUUGACCGUGAUUCCAAUUUAUUAAAAGUGUUACCAACACAAGAAGAACAAAAACUAAUGCAUGAUAACUUUUUACUAACACAAUCAGACACAACAAUUUUUUCUGGGGGACACAUUUUACCGUCUCACUGUGUUUGGAUGGAUAAAACAAAAAUAGUUGAUAUCGAUAUAGCUUUUCCUGAAAAUCGAAAUGCACAAAAUCAGGUUUUCGGCGGAUUUUUAAUGCGCAAAGCUUUGGAAAAUAGUAUCAUCAGUGCAUCAUUGUAUGCAGGUUCUAUACCAAGAAUAAAAUAUAUUAGUGACAUAAUUUUCCAUAAACCUGUUGAAGUAACUACAAUACUAAGAACUACAACAUAUGUAACAUAUACUGAAGAAAGGAAUAUACAAUUAAUGUGUAUAACAGAAACUAGAACACAAGAAACUGAUUUUUCUGUUACAAAUGUGUUUCACUACACUUAUGAAAGUGAUGUCGACAUUCCAAAAAUUUUGCCAAAGACUUAUCAAGAAGCCAUUUGGAAUUUGGUCGGUAGAAGAGAAUUUUUAAGAAAUAAAAGAUUUUAGUGACUUUUGAAAUUUGUUUUAGUAGUAUUUUCUUAAAAUAAUCACUUUGAAUUAUCAAAAUAAUUUGAGAUGUAAUAAGUUUAAUUACUUCAGUGAUUAAUUAAAGAUUUAUAUAUUUUUUGAAUAAAUAAAUUUCAAUACUUAUGUUUUAUUUUUACAUUAUUUAAUUGGUUAAGGGAGUCUUAAUUUACU